AUGGGCAAUCGUCAUGCCAAAGCAAGAAGUCAUCAGGGUUUUGAUGUGGAUCGGGAUGCCAAAAAGCUGAACAAAGCCUGCAAAGGAAUGGGAACUGAUGAAGCAGCCAUCGUUGAGUUGUUAUCAAGCAGGACAUUGGAUGAGAGGCAACAAAUCAAGCAAAAGUACAAGGCAAUGUAUGGUAAGGACCUGGAGGAGGUGCUCAAGAGUGAACUGAGUGGGAACUUUGAGAAGACAGCCUUGGCCCUCCUGGACCACCCCAGUGAGUACGAUGCCCGGCAGCUGCAGAAGGCCAUGAAAGUUCUGGGCACAGAUGAGGCAGUGCUCAUCGAGGUCCUGUGCACAAGAACCAAGAAGGAGAUCAUAGCCAUUAAGGCAGCCUACCAAAGGUUAUCUGACAGGAGCCUUGAAUCAGAUGUCAAAGCUGAUACCAGUGGAAACCUAAAAAAAAUCCUGAUGUCCCUGCUACAGGCUAAUCGUGACGAAGGAGAUGACGUGGACAAAGAUCUAGCUGGUCAGGAUGCCAAAGAUCUGUAUGAUGCAGGGGAAGGCCGCAGGGGCAUGUACAAGCUCGCCUUCAAUGAAGUCCUGGCCAAGAGAAGCCACAAGCAAUUACGUGCCACCUUUCAAGCCUACCAAAUUCUCAUCGACAAAGCCACUGAAGAGGCCACUGAAGCAGAAACAUCAGGAGAUCUGCAGAAGGACUACUUAACUCUCGUGAGGUGCGCCCAGGACCAGGAGGGCUAUUUCGCUGACCGUCUGUACAAGCCCAUGAAGGGUGCAGGCACCGAUGAGGAGACACUCAUUCACAUCCUCAUGACCAGGGCUAAGGUGGACCUUCAAGGGAUAAAAGCAAAGUUCCAAGAGAAGUAUCAGAAGUCUCUCUCUGACAUGGUUCACUCAGACACCUCUGGGGACUUCCAGAAGCUGCUGGUGGCCCUCUUGCACUGAACCGAGCCAGAAGAGUGGGAGCCCAGGGAGGAGCCACCUUUGUCAAGAGCCCAUUUCAAACCAGAUUUGUAAAUGUGACUCCAGCACAUAAAGUACCGAAGAGUCCUGGCUUAUUCUCUUGGCAGCUUGAAUACUGUAGCUGGGCCAAGCUGUUUAGGUGAAGGGCAACAGCCUCAAAAUGCUUGGGCAAGUCACCCUGAAUGCUGGCUUAGCAGGUACCUGAGCUGCCUUUCAGCUUUCCUAUAGCGUGGAGAACUGAAUGCUUUCUGAACACAAAUGAAAUUAGCUGUUGAUGAAAGAAACUACACUUGUAAUUAAACAUUCAGA